AUGAUUAUUUCUGUUUUUUACAGUAUUAUUUUAAGUUUUCUAAUCUCAAUCAUUUAUUACAAAAAAGAUGAUUUAUUAAAUCUUUUUAAACAGCUUUUAAAAGAUGAUAAUGAGGAAGAUUUUUCUACUUCUUAUGAAAAAAUUGGAAUAGAAUAUAUAUUUAUGAGCUGUUUUAUACUUUAUCUUACUACUAUAUUUCUUACAUGGAGAUUAUUUCGGAAGAAGAAAACUAUUGUUAAGAUGAAUUAUUAA